CCUAAAUUGGUCAAGCCAGUUAAUUUUGUAAACAGUUGACAAAUUAGCAAUCGAAAAAACAACACAAGUAACGAUGGUUGGUUCACGAGUGUAUGUUGGUGGUUUGGCACGGGAUGCCCGAGAACGAGACUUGGAAAAGUUCUUCAAAGGUUACGGAAGGCUAUGUGACGUUAUGAUUAAGAACGGAUUUGGCUUCGUGGAAUUCGAGGAUCAUCGAGAUGCGGACGAUUCUGUUUAUGAGCUGAACGGUAAAGAUCUUUUGGGCGGAAGAGUGACUGUGGAGCACGCUAAAGGAAAGCCUCGCCGAGGUGAGGGACGUAGAGGCGGAGGCCGCUCUGAAGAUCACCGAAGCGGAACCCGGUACGGACCACCGCGAAGAUCGAAGUAUCGUCUGAUUGUAGAGAAUCUUUCGUCGAAAGUUAGCUGGCAGGAUUUGAAGGACUACCUGCGCAGGGCAGGAGAGGUCAUCUAUGCCGAUGCCCACCGGCCAAGAAGAAAUGAAGGUGUAGUCGAGUUUGAAUCGAGGAGAGAUAUGGAGGCAGCAAUUGAUAAGUUAGAUGAUACCGACUUGAGCGGUCGACGAAUUCGAUUGGUAGAGGACUGUGUAGGACAAAGCAAGCGCGGACGUUCUCGAUCGUUGGACAGCCGUUCCCGUUCACGAUCACCUCGUCGUUCUCGGUCGCGAUCUAGUCGCUAUUCUCGCAGUCAUUCUGAUUCGAGGGACAAAUCAGAUAAAAGUCCUACCCCUCGAGCGGAAUCUCCGGAAAAACGGUCCCACCGCUCACGCUCUCGAUCGAGCAAGCGUGAAGCAGAAUCUAGUUCACGCGAUCGAAAACAACACAAUGGCGAUAUGCAGCGCUCUCGUUCACGUUCCAAAUCUGAGCGUCGCUCCAAAAGUCGAUCCAAAUCAAAGGACAACAAAUGUGUCUCCCACUCGGACUCUUACUCGAGUUUUUGCUCCCAAUCUUCACACUCUAACUCAGGCUCCAGAACACGGUCCGUAUCCCGCGAUUACAACGAUCGGUCUUUUUCGCAGGAUAGGCGCUCAGCUAGCCCCGAAGCAGAGGAUCAAAGCGCAGUUGAUACGGAAGUUCAAAGUACUACAUGA